AUGCUCGUACAAUUCCCUGCUCUUGCCGUGGUCUUUGCCAUUCAGGCACUUGGCUUAGCUCUACCCAACAUUGGAGAAAGAUUGCCAGCCGCCCUCAAUCUCGAGAGGAGGCUCAGCUCCAAGAAACGCCCAGGCUAUCCCGUCAACCAACCACGGAGUACACCCAAUACAUGUAAUAAGCUAGACGCCUUAUACUUGAUCUUCGUCGCACCAGUGUACAGCGCCAAAGCGAGCUCUUUCUGCAGCCCUUAUAUCCACCACUCAACGACUCUUCACGCAACCGUCACUCCUACCGUCACAGUUUCUACCACUCUGACUUCGACUGAUGCAACCAUCACAUCCGUGAUCACAGACUCCGUCACCGCAACACAAACAACUCAGACCACAACAACCUUCACCGAACCAAACCAGAAGAAACGAGCAGCCACAACAACAUCUUUCGGAGCGUUGGUAUCUGCAUUUGCAGCCUCAGAAAUCAGCAGCGUGUGCUCUUGUCUGUUCACUGCAACUACCAGCUCUACGACUGCAACCAGCACAGCGCCUGCUACCACACUUUCGAAGACAUCCACAGACCUAGUUACAGCAUCCACAAGUGUGACGACUUUCGUCACCACCACAACCACCACAACCAUCCCAGUCGAGACAGACUUCACCACUCCAACCUACUGCUCAUCAAGCAGCCUCAACGGCGGCGGCACAUACGGUGCCAUCUACAUCCCACAAUGCGGCGAAUCUUACGCUGGCCUCACAUACAGCAACGGCGAGUCCAGCUAUUACGACACGUUUCCGACCUAUACCGCUUGUCUCCAGCAAUGCGAUAACGACGAUAAUUGUCUUUAUUAUUCGUUCUUCGAAACUGAGACCACUGAUAAUUGUUUGUUGAUCGAUUCGCCGAAUAUUAAUAAUCGGUAUUUGACGCCGAAUCCGGAUCCGAGUGUUAAUAGUGGUUAUUAUGAGAUGCCGGGUUGAUGAGUUGAGUUGGGGAGAGUGAUGGGGUGGUUUGAGACAGGUCUGGGUUUAGGCAACUCUAGUAAUCUGAGAAGCUGUUAGAUAAUAAAUACAUUUUGCAAC